UAUUAUUAUUGUUAUUGUCGUCGUCUAUACUUUAUUAUUAAAUAAUUAGAGAUAGAUAUAAGAGGGAGGGCAUUGUAGUCAUUGAAUGUGGAGGGUCUCCCUUCCAUUCCAUUCCAUGCCCGCAUAUCUGCAAUUAUAUGCGUCUUCAUCUCUACCACUGCCCUCUUUCCAAACAGACAACUCCCCAACACUUUCAUUCAUCACCAGCCUACCUACCUACUUUUCCCUUUUCCACCCUAAUUAUCGAUGCCGAAUCACGACCAAGAACGGCUUCACCACAACUACAAUGACACUGAUUCUUCUUCCCAAGAAGAAGAAGAGGAGGAGGAGGAGGAGGAAGAAGAAAAUCCCGACGACUGCAAGAGCCUGUACGGCGGUUGUGGGAAGCGGCGCCGCCUAGGGUGGUUCUGGGGUAAGGUUUUGGACCCUAGGGCAUCGUGGGUGCAGGAAUGGAACAGAAUAUUCCUCUUGGGAUGCGCGGCGGGGCUAUUCGUGGACCCCCUCUUCUUCUACGCCCUCUCCGUAAGCGACAAUUUCAUGUGUGUGUUUGUUGACGGGUGGUUCGCCGUCACCGUCACGGUUCUCCGCUGCAUGACCGACGCCCUGCACCUUUGGAACAUGUGGCUACAGUUGAAGAUGAACCGGCGCCCCCACUACCCCAACGGCGAGAGGGUGCAUGAUGGCAGCAGCGCCACAGCACGCGCUGUCGCCUUGAAGUACUUAAAGUCGAAGAAGGGUUUCUUUUUUGAUCUCUUCGUCAUCCUUCCGUUGCCUCAGAUUGUAAUGUGGGUGGUAAUCCCGAGGCUGUUAGAGAAAGGAUCAACGACGGUGGUGAUGACGGUGUUGCUGAUUAUGUUUCUGUUCCAAUACUUGCCCAAAAUCUACCACUCCGUCUGUCUGCUCCGCCGCAUGCAGAAUCUCUCCGGCUAUAUUUUCGGCACCGUUUGGUGGGGCAUUGCUCUCAACAUGAUUGCCUAUUUCGUGGCAUCCCAUGCUGUGGGAGCAUGCUGGUACCUGCUAGGCAUACAAAGGGCUGCAAAAUGCUUGAAGCAACAGUGCAUAAUGUCAACGGGCUGCAACAUGAGAAUGAUGGCCUGCCAAGAAUCAAUAUACUAUGGAACAAAAGAUCUAAUCAGAGACAGACCACGAUUUGUAUGGGGCGAGAACAAAACCGCAAGAGCGACUUGCUUGGAAAAUUAUGACAAUUUCGAUUACGGAGCUUACAAAUGGACUGUUCAGCUUGUGACCAAUGACAAUCGUUUGGAGAAAAUACUGUUUCCCAUCUUCUGGGGCCUCAUGACUCUAAGUACUUUUGGGAACUUGGAGAGCACAACUGAUUGGUUGGAGGUAGUUUUCAUCAUCAUUGUGCUGACCACUGGACUCCUGCUUGUUACAAUGUUAAUUGGUAACAUUAAGGUGUUCUUGCAUGCUACUACUUCAAAGAAACAGGCGAUGCAAUUGAAGAUGAGGAAUAUAGAGUGGUGGAUGAGAAAACGGCGGUUGCCUCAAGCGUUCCGGCAGAGAGUGCGGAACUAUGAGAGGCAGCGUUGGGCAGCAAUGCGGGGAGUUGAUGAGUGUGAGAUGACGCGAAAUCUGCCUGAAGGGCUAAGACGGGAUAUCAAGUAUCAUCUCUGUUUGGAUUUGGUCAGGCAGGUACCUCUGUUCCAGCACAUGGAUAACCUUGUCCUGGAGAAUAUUUGUGACCGUGUCAAGUCCCUCAUUUUCACAAAGGGAGAAACAAUAACAAGAGAAGGUGAUCCAGUGCAAAGAAUGCUGUUCAUAGUUAGAGGACAUCUCCAGAGCAGCCAAGUCCUGCGGGACGGGGUGAAGAGUUGCUGCAUGUUAGGCCCUGGAAAUUUUAGUGGAGACGAGCUCCUCUCGUGGUGCCUCAGGCGACCCUUUGUCGAAAGGCUUCCGCCCUCUUCAUCCACACUAGUAACUCUGGAAACUACAGAAGCUUUCGGGCUAGAAGCAGAGGACGUUAAGUACGUAACUCAGCACUUUCGGUAUACUUUUGUGAACGAAAAAGUGAAGAGGAGCGCCCGGUAUUACUCGCCUGGAUGGCGGACGUGGGCGGCUGUGGCAAUUCAGUUGGCGUGGAGAAGGUAUAGGCAUCGAUUGACGCUCACAUCGUUGUCGUUUAUUCGGCCGCGGCGGCCGUUGUCGAGGUGCUCUUCCCUUGGAGAAGACAGGCUCAGGCUUUAUACUGCUUUGCUGACUUCUCCAAAGCCUAACCAGGAUGAUUUUGAUUUCUGAGUACAUUAAUCUUUUCAUAUAUAUAUAUAGGUAUGUGAGUUUCACGCAUUCUGUAGCAUCUUUUGUGUGGGAUAUAGCUGCUGUUUGAUGUAUGGAAUAAAGUCUUGUAUUUAUUACUAAGUUUGAAGGGUGUAGCUAUUUUUGACAA